AUGAGGACACAGAACUCAAAGCAGACGUCUCUGCUCAUAGCCCUCGCGGGGCUUAGACCGGCAACAAUUCUCCCCAUAGGUAACUCAUCGUUAUCAGUCGAAAUUCCCACAGUGUCAGGCGUAAAUGCUUCGGAUCCAAUCGAUCCUAGCUUCUGCGGCUUCGCCUUCGAAGAGGCUUCUUUCGUCCGCUACGCCCAAGACGACAACGGCAAGCCUAAUGCCUUCUCCCAGAACCUCAUCAAGGCCGUCACUUCACGUACCGGCGGGACCCCUAUCAUCCGACUCGGUGGCACGUCUCCUGACUACGCGAGAUAUCUCCCUGGCCAAACGGAACCCGCACUGCCUGUCGCUGAGCAAGACAACUACCAGAACGUCGGAUUUACGACCAUCGGCCCUUCCUACUGGAACUUGACGCACAAUUUUCCGGGAGCCAAAUACAUGGUUCAAGUCCCGUUAGCGACAACCAAUAUCAGCGAGACGGUUGCCUGGGCCCAGUCCGCAGUAAAGGGCAUCGGCCUAGAAAAUAUCCACUCAAUCCAGCCCGGUAACGAGGCGGAUCUCUACGCCGACGACUACCGCGGCGAGGGUGGCGUCGAGCUGAACCCACCGGAAUACCAAGGCACCCUUAACAACGAGACGUACGUCGGCAACUGGACCAAAUACGUCGAUGCCAUUUUGGCCGCUGUAGAGCUACCGAAAGGUCGCCUAUUCACGGCUUUCGACGUCGCGGCGCAUAUCGGCGAUUCCGUGAACGCAGACGCAUAUGUGUUUGACGUGGAGACGUGCUUCAAUCUCGGCAUCGACAAGAAGGACAUCGUCAAGGAUGUCUCGCAUCACUACUACCAGCGCAACGCCGGGACCGCAGAGGACCUCGAAAGCGGCCUCAUGAACAUCACCGUAACGCACAACCACCUAAACCUGUUCAAGCGCCACAUCGCAUGGCUGAAGAAGACCCACCCUGAGAUCCCCUUCAUCCUCAACGAGGUCGGCAACUCGCUAUUCAGAACCAAUUCAUACGAGUUCCAAGCCCGCCUCGGAAGUGCCCUGUGGCAAGUCGAUUUCUACCUAUACAGCAUGGCCAUCGGCAUCGGACGCAUCAACUACCAGCAGAUAAUGCACGCGGGGUACGACCUAUGGCUGCCCGUCGCAAGCGCCGGCCACGAAGCCCAAGUUUUCUCGAACUUCUACUCGCAGCCCUUCGUCGCCGACUUCAUCGGAUCCUCCAACCAGACGAGAGUCGCCAAAUUAGACGUCGCAGGUGACAACGGCCCCGCGAACCUAGCCGUUUACGGUGCAUACGAAGGCGACGCAGCGAAGAGAAUCGCCAUUACGAAUCUGAAUUAUUGGAAUAAGACGUCUUCGGGUGUCGAGAGGCCUGGUGCCACGCUUGACCUGGCGGUUCCGAAGGGCGUCAAGUCGGUUAAGGUUUACCACUUAAAUAGUCCCUUGGGCGCGGGGGCCGCGGCGGAUACCAUUACGUAUGGAGGUAGCCAGUGGACGUAUAAGAGUCUUGGAACAGAGGUGAAGAAUGUGAGGAAUGAUACCGAGCAAGUAGCUGUUAAAAAUGGGGUUGCGAGGGUUACUGUCCAGGAUAGCGAGGCAGCCCUUGUUUGGUUGUAG